ACGCGGCAGCCUUCGUCUCAAAGUCUUGGGAAGAUGGAGCCGCCGACGACGACGACGGCAACGGGGGCCAUCACCCUCCGGACGUUCGACCUCGCCGACGUCGACGACUACAUGGUGUGGGCCUCCGACGACCGCGUCACGGCCCUCUGCCGAUGGGACAGCUACACCGACAAGGAGGCCCUCCUCCGGUACAUGCGCGACGUGGUGGUGCCCCACCCCUGGUGCCGCGCCAUCUGCAUCGACGGACGCCCUAUCGGCGCCAUCUCCGUCUACCCCGGCGCCGGGCGCGACGGGUGCAAGGGAGAGCUGGGCUACGUGCUAGCCGCCGCCCACUGGGGCCGCGGCUACGUCACGGAGGCGGUUCGGCAGGCGAUGGCGGCCGUGUUCCGGGAGCUGCCGGGGCUGGAGCGGGUGGAGGCGCUGGUGGACGUCGACAACAGGGCGUCGCAGAGGGUGCUGGAGAAGGUGGGCUUCCAGAGGGAGGGCGUGCUGAGGAAAUCCAUGCUGAUCAGGGGAACUACCAGGGACACGGUCAUCUUUGGCUUUCUCUCCACCGAUCCUUUGCUGCCUUUAGCUUCCAAGCGAUCAUCUCAGUGAUUUCCUUUGCUGUUACUGAAGUUGUUCUAAAGUAACUAUUCUAUGAAAAAAUGUGCUAUGAUCUCUAAAUUAUUCAUUUUUAAUAUCUACAAGAAUUUUGGUUCAUUA